UCUGUGGCCGGUCGUUCAAAUCUAGUGGAAAACGGAAGAAGGGCACCAGUUAACAUGAAAACAACUCGGUUACGUAUGUAACCUUGGUUACCUCAGACAAAGGGAACGAGAUAUUGCAUCAGGAAGCUGACGCUAUGGGGAAUUGGCUAUAAAAUUGGCUAUGGUGUUUAAGCCCCGCCCUUUUAGGCGCGAAGCUGUCCGGUAUAAAAGCGGGUGUACAAACAGCAUUCCUCAGAAUUUUAUGACUGAGGGACAAAGGGUGCAUCACUCGCACCUCAAAGAACUCUUGAGUCUGUAGUGCGGCCAGCUUACGCAAUGUCUCGUUCCCUUCAUCUCAGGGAACUGAGGUUACAUACGUUCCUUUACGACACAGUACACUUGACAUUGCAUCAGGAGGCUGAUGCUAUGGGGAACAGAGUCCCAUCAUGCCGCACUACACGACAUAACCUUCCAGAGAGGAAACAUGUGAAUGACCCUCAUUGUCUUGUAAGGACACACCGUUCGUCCAUGCCAAUGAAGAGUACACGCCUGUAGUUGAAUGUAAUUUUACACCAAUUGGGCAAUUUGCACUCUGCGACUCGUAAGCCAGGGCGAACGUAUCAACGAUCCAGUGAGAAAAUCUUUGCUUGGAGAUGGACAUUCCUUUUGUGCGUCCUCCAUAGCACACAAAGAGCUGGUCAGACAGUCUGAAUUGGCGGGUGCGCUCAACGUAUGUGUGUCGUGCUCGCAAAGGGCAUAACAAAUGCAGUUUGUAAAAUGGUGUCCAUAACCAACUGAGCCAAUUCUGGCUUGUCUGCUGUGCUCUGUUCAAAGGCCACAUGUGUAAGCUUCACAUCUCUGGCUGGGGAUGCCAAAUCGUGCCUUGUGUUUGAGAGAGAAGGUCUCUCCUCAGCAGUAUUUCUCAUGGAGGCCCGUCCAGUAUUUCUACCAUCUCCACAAUUAACAGAACUGUUUCCAUGUCCACUCAGACUUUGCUGAUGACAGAAUGGAGGCGGCGCACCGGAGGAAACGCAUACUUGCGUUUCGCCGGCCAUAAGUGGGCCUGGCAACUUAUAUAUGUCGCUACUGUUGUGUUGAAGUGAUUCACGAUAAGCUAUCAAAGCUAGAAAGACAGCCAGUCCAGGUAUAGAAAGUCAGGUGUCCAUCACACACCACGCCCCAACCUGUGUUGGAUGCAUCUGUGGUCAGCACUUUCCUUCUGAAAAUUUUACCCAGCAUAACACCCUGUUGGUAGAAGGCCGGCGCUGUCCAUGGUGCUAGAGCAUCUCCGUGAGGGUCAGCCAGAUGUGACGAUCCAAAAAUAUGCCACUACCACCUCUUCGACAGGGGGUAGUUGGGCAUAACUUUUUUGUCUUCACCGUGGUCCAAUCUGGUGAAGACAGUGGAAUCGCGGUGCGAGCGAGCUGAAUAGGUCGCACACCAGGAUUUUCUAAGUUCGAUAUGAACUACUGGGAAGAACGGAUCAGACCUGCAGAACGCGGUCGCUUAACGACAUCAAGACUGCAGGAACCGCUCGUCAAAGUGAGAUUUUUCAGGUUCCUCUGGAGGAGACCACUCGAGACCGAGCUCUUCAACCACCCUUGAAAGGACGCAAAGUUUCUCCUUGUAAGUGGCACGUACACGCUUCUCGCUGGGGUAAGGGGCAGCAAACGUCAUCAAUUGACCACUCACCAGAUGCGUCGAGAGACAUAACAUCAUCCCCAGCAUCAGAACUGCUGAAUGCAAUGUGGUCAUGCGCUCCAGCAGAGGGCCGGAGCUUGUCAUGCACAUAUUGUAUCGCAGUAGAUUGAGGGGUUCGCAGGGCAUGUGCCGGCACGAGGUCCACCUCAAGUUCAUCCUGCUUGACCUUGCAGCCCUGCCGUGCCUCCUCGUGUGAUCCCUCGGGAGUCACAGAGAGGCGGGUGGGAGGGUGAGGGAGGCACAAUCGUCCCUUAGAAAAAUCCUAAAGUUGUCAUUAAUACAAAUAUUUAAGUGGUCCUAAUUAAACAGUAAUUGAAAUGUCACAUUUUGAAUCAAAUAACUCAAAUAUAUACGUUCUUUAAACUUUGACUUAAAGCACUACUAAAAAAUGAUCACGUACAAAAUUGCGGCUGUAUGGAAUAACCAUAAGCCCUUGCGCUUGAAUAAAUUAUGUAUGUUUGGUCAAAACAAGGGAACUUAUGUAGAAAAAUAAUUAUUGUUUUUUAAAAAAUGUAUAUAGUUUUAAUACUUAUGACUAUUGUAGUUUUUUGUUGUAGCUGGUUGAUGGUUGUGAUUUGUGUGAAAUCACCAUGAGGGUGAUUAGUGUUACCUCUUGUGAACUUGGAGCCUGAUCAAUUUAAGCCAUUCUUCUUUACUCAAUUGUACUUUACAAAAGUGCAGAUUUAUGUGCACUAAGAAGUACUGAGUAGAACCCAAUGUGCCAUAUGGCUAACCUAGAAUCAAGUCAUAAUUUCCUUCAUACUGUAUAAGACGUGCUAUAACCAAAUUUAAAUAAUUAAAUAAAACAAUGAUACUUUAAUCACAGAUGAGUUAAGUUUACUUGUAAAUAGUUAACGUUACCUAAAAAAUGAGUUCAGUUACUUGAGCCAAAUAAGUACAUUUAAUUAGUGUAUGCAAAUCGAUAGCCUUGAAAUAUCUAAGGUCAAAUAAUUAGACUUCACAUUGUGAGGUGAAAAUGAGGAUUCACUCUGCCAGUGUCAUUCAGUCGGCGUCUGUAAAUUCAGACCACAACAUGCGUGUUUAGAAUUUUCUGAUGGAAAUUUUUUUGCAUUAUGACAGAAAAUGCACAAUGUUGCGUCGUGUCAGUGCAAUACGUUGAAAAAAAAAGUUAAUAGCUGUGUGUGUGUGUCCCUUAACUUUUAACCCCCAUCAAUCUGAACAUUGGUUUUGAUGAAAAACAACCCAAAAUGUAAGUAAUUUUUAAGUGAAAAUGAGUCGUUUGCACAUUCAUGAGCACUAUGUGAAAAGCUUUUUCACAUUGGCUUGCAUAUUCAUGUAAGAACUUGGUUUGUUCCUCACCAAAAUCUAUUGUAUGCUUUCAGAUGAUUUGGAAUAUGACUUUAUAAUAUAUUAUUUUUAAAGUUUUAAACUGAAGCACUGUCCACUGCCAUUGCAUUGAAAAGGCACACCGUGAUAUUCAUUUUAUGUUCUCCAUAAGAAAGAAAGUCAUAUGGGAUCGGAAUGACAUGAUGGGUUUACAGUGAUACAACGUUAUGGCAACCAAGUUCUAAAACUGGAUAUAACUUUACACAGAACAGAGAAUAUAUUCGUCUUUUGAGCUGAUUGUAAAAAAUAAUGGCAGAAUCUUCAGGAAGUGAAUAUCAGGAGCAGUUCAGCUGUCCGGUCUGUUUGGAUCCACUGAAGGAGCCGGUGAUGAUUCCAUGUGGACACAGUUACUGCAUGAGCUGCAUUACUGACUGCUGGGAUCAAAAGGACCAGAUGCCACCGUACCGCUGUCCCCAAUGCAGAGAGACCUUCACUCAAAGACCUGUACUGAAAAAGAACACUGUUUUAGCUGAGAUGAUGGAGAAGCUGCAGAAGACAUCCUUACACACUGCUUCCUGCUCUCAGGAGGUCUCUUGUGUGGAGUGUGAUGUUUGCACCACAGAGAAGAAUAGAGCUGUAAAGUCCUGUCUGCAGUGUUUGGCCUCCUUCUGUGAAACUCAUCUGUGGAUUCACUAUCAGUCUCCUGCAUUUAUGAAGCACAAACUGGUCAAAGUCUCCACCCACGUUCAAGAGAACAUUUGCCUCAAUCAUGGAAAACUUCUGGAUGUUUACUGUCAGGAUGACUGUCAGUGCAUUUGUUACUUGUGCAUGAUCGACAAUCAUAAAGGCCACAGUGUGGUAUCUGUGGAAUAUGAAUGGACUAAGAAAAAGAAGUUGUUAAAGAAAAAAAAGGUGAAAUGUCAAAAGAUGAUCCAGGAGCGAGAGAGAGGUCAACAAGAACUCAGUGAGGCUGUGAAGUCUUUUAAUAUCUCAGCACAAGAGGCGGAAGAGGACAGUGAGAAGGCCUUCUCUGAGCUCAUCUGCUCUCUUGAGAAAAAACGCUCUGAGAUUAAAGAUCUGAUCAGAGCUCAAGAGAAAUCUGAAAUAGAUCGAGCAGAGAAACUUCACAAACAGCUGGAUCAGGAGCUGACAGAACUCAGACAAAGAGACGAGGAGAUACAGAAACUUUUAGUUACUGACAAUCAGGUCUUUUUUCUGAAGAGUUUUUAUUCCCUGUUUGUCUUACCCACAUAUGAAGACAUGUCCAGCAUCACUCAGCAUCCUCAACUGUCUUUAAAAGAUCUAACAAUCUCAGGAUUCAAAGAGGUUUUGGAAGAUUUUUGUCAACAGGAAACAACCAGAAUGUCUCGAGAUGUGUCAUAUGUGGAUGCUGCAGAGUCUCCAGACCCAAAGACUUUUUUUAUGCAGUAUUUCUGUGAGCUUCACCUGGAUCCAAACACGGCACACAAAAACCUCAAACUGUCAGAAGGGAACAGAAAAGCAUCGUACACAUGUGAAGCUCGGGAGUGUCCUGAUCAUCCAAACCGAUUUGAUACUUUACAUAACACCCUCUGUAGAGAGGCUUUGGAUGGACGUUGUUAUUGGGAGGUUGAGUGCAGUGGAUAUGAACUGACUGUAGCAGUUUGCUAUAAAGGGAUUGGUCGGAAGGGGAAAGGUAAAGCCUGUAGACUUGGCUUUAACAAAAAUUCCUGGAGGUUGACCCGCUGUGUACGGAAAUUCUAUUUUAGACAUGAUAAAGAAAAUGUAAAUAUCCCUGCUGUCUGCUCCUCUAGAAUAGGGGUGUAUCUGGAUCACAGAGCAGGAACUCUGUCCUUCUACAGUGUCUCUAAGAAAAUGACUCUACUGUACAGAGUCCAGACCACUUUCACUGAACCUCUCUAUCCUGCAUUUGGGUUUGGAGCAGGUUCAUCUGUCAUAAUCAUAGAUAAAGGGGGAGUUCAGACAGACCAAUAAUAUAAACAAAUUUUGUUUGGCUAAAUAAUACCAUAAGUAUUGCCUGAAAUUUUCAUAGAUACACUAUAUUGCCAAAAGUAUUCGCUCACCCAUCCAAAUAAUUGAAUUCAGGUGUUCCAAUCACUUCCAUGGCCACAGGUGUAUAAAAUGAAGCACCUAGGCAUGCAGACUGCUUCUACAAACAUUUGUGAAAGAAUGGGCCGCUCUCAGGAGCUCAGUGAAUUCCAGCGUGGUACUGUGAUAGGAUGCCACCUGUGCAACAAGUCCAGUCGUGAAAUUUCCUUGCUACUAAAUAUUCCACAGUCAACUUUCAGUGGUAUUAUAACAAAGUGGAAGUGACUGGGAAUGACAGCAACUCAGCCACGAAGUGGUAGGCCACGUAAAAUGACAGAGCGGGGUCAGCGGACGCUGAGGCGCAUAGUGCGCAGAGGUCGCCAACUUUCUGCAGAGUCAAUCACUACAGACCUCCAAAGUUCAUGUGGCCUUCAGAUUAGCUCAAGAACAGUGCAUAGAGAGCUUCAUGGAAUGGGUUUCCAUGGCCGAGCAGCUGCAUCCAAGCCAUACAUCACCAAGUGCAAUGCAAAGCGUCGGAUGCAGUGGUAUAAAGCACGCCGCCACUGGACUCUAGAGCAGUGGAGACGCGUUCUCUGGAGUGACGAAUCACGCUUCUCCAUCUGGCAAUCUGAUGGACGAGUCUGGGUUUGGCGGUUGCCAGGAGAACGGUACUUGUCUGACUGCAUUGUGCCAACUGUGAAGUUUGGUGGAGGGGGGAUUAUGGUGUGGGGUUGUUUUUCAGGAGCUGGGCUUGGCCCCUUAGUUCCAGUGAAAGGAACUCUGAAUGCUUCAGCAUACCAAGAGAUUUUGGACAAUUCCAUGCUCCCAACUUUGUGGGAACAGUUUGGGGAUGGCCCCUUCCUGUUCCAACAUGACUGCGCACCAGUGCACAAAGCAAGGUCCAUAAAGACAUGGAUGAGCGAGUUUGGUGUGGAAGAACUUGACUGGCCUGCACAGAAUUCUGACCUCAACCCGAUAGAGCACCUUUGGGAUGAAUUAGAGCGAAGACUGCGAGCCAGGCCUUCUCGUCCAACAUCAGUGUCUGACCUCACAAAUGCGCUUCUGGAAGAAUGGUCAAAAAUUCCCAUAAACACACUCCUAAACCUUGUGGAAAGCCUUCCCAGAAGAGUUGAAGCUGUUAUAGCUGCAAAGGGUGGGCCGACGUCAUAUUAAACCCUAUGGAUUAAGAAUGGGAUGUCACUUAAGUUCAUAUGCGUCUAAAGGCAGAUGAGUGAAUACUUCGGGCAAUAUAGUGUAUAUAUACAGUUGUGCUCAAAAGUUUGCAUACCCUUGGAGAAUUGAUAAUAUAUGUACCAUUUUUAAAGAAAACAUGAGUGAGCAGGCAAAACACAUUUAUUUUAUUUCUUAUGGGAUUCAUAUUCAACUGUAGGUUAUAACAGAAUGGCACAAUCAUAAAACAAAACAUGGAAACAAUGAAAAAAAUGAAAUGACCCCUGUUCAAAAGUCUGCAUACCCUUAGUUCUUAAUACUGUGUAUUGCCCCCUUUAGCAUCAAUGACGGCGUGCAAUCUUUUGUAAUAGUUGUCUAUGAGACCCCAAAUUCUUGCAGGUGGUAUAGCUGCCCAUUCGUCUUGACGAAAUGUCUCCAGGUCAUGCAAAGUCUUUGGUCGUCUUGCAUGAACCGCAUGUUUGAGAUCUCCCCAGAGUGGCUCGAUGAUAUUAAGGUCAGGAGACUGUGAUGGCCACUCCAGAACCUUCACCUUUUUCUGCUGUAACCACUGGAGGGUCAACUUGGCCUUGUGCUUAGGGUCAUUGUCGUGCUGGAAAGUCCAAGUGCGUCUGAAGCGCAGCUUUCGUGCAGAAGAUUGUCUGCCAGUAUUUUCUGAUAACAUGCUGCAUUCAUCUUGCCAUCAAUAUUCACAAGGUUCCCCGUGCCUUUAGAGCUCACACACCCCCAAAACAUCAGUGAGCCACCACCAUGCUUCACAGUGGGGAUGGUAUUCUUUUCACUAUAGGCCUUGUUGACCCCUCUCCAAACAUAGUGCUUAUGGUUAUGACCAUAAAGCUCUAUUUUGGUCUUGUCACUCCAAAUUACAUUGUGCCAGAGGCUGUGAGGUGUGUCAAGGUGUUGUCGGGCAUAUUGUAACCGGGCUUUUUUGUGGCAUUGCUGCAGUAAAGGCUACUUUCUGGCAACUCGACCAUGCAGCUCAUUUUUGUUCAAGUAUCGUCGUAUUGUGAUCCUUGAAACAACCACACAGUCUUUUUCCAGAGCAGCCUGUAUUUCUCCUGAGGUUAUCUGUGGGUUUUUCUUUGUAUCCUGAACAAUUCUUCUGGCAGUUGUGGCUGAAAUCUUUCUUGGUCUACCUGACCUUGGCUUGGUAUCAAGAGAUUCCCGAAUUUUCCACUUCUUAAUAAGUAAUUGAACAGUACUGACUGGCAUUUUCAAGACUUUGGAUAUUUUUUUAUAUCCUUUUCCAUCUUUAUAAAGUUCCAGUACCUUGUUACGCAGGUCUUUUGACAGUUCUUUUCUGCUCCCCAUGGCUCAGUAUCUAGCCUGCUCAGUGCAUCCACGUGAGAGCUAACAAACUCACUGACUAUUUAUACACAGACACUAAUAGCAAUUUAAAAAGCCACAGGUGUGGGAAAUUAACUUUUAAUUGCCAUUUAAACCUGUGUGUGUCACCUUGUGUGUCUGUAACAAGGCCAAACAUUCAGGGGUAUGUAAACUUUUGAUCAGGGCCAUUUGGGUGAUUUCUGUUACCAUUAUGAUUUAAAAAGGAGCCAAACAACUAUGUGAUAAUAAAUGGCUUCAUAUGAUCACUAUCCUUAAAUAAAAGACAGUUUUUUUUUUGCA